CCCCCUUCGAGCUGGAGAUAAAUUUCUCCGCGUCCCUCCAGAAUUCAGAGUUUCGUGAACCACCUUGUUGACAACAUGGCUAUGAUCUUGGGCUACUGGGACAUCCGCGGGCUGGCCCAUGCCAUCCGCUUGCUCCUGGAGUACACGGAUUCUAAUUAUGAGGAGAAGCUGUACCGUUGUGGGGAAGCUCCCGACUAUGACCGAAGCCAGUGGUUGGAUGUGAAGUUCAAGCUGGGCCUGGACUUCCCUAAUCUGCCAUACCUUAUUGAUGGGGAACAUAAGAUCACCCAGAGCAAUGCCAUCUUGCGCUACAUUGCCCGAAAGCACAAUAUGUGUGGUGAGACUGAGGAAGAAAAGAUUCGUGUGGACUUACUGGAGAACCAAGUCAUGGACUUCCGUAUGCAGCUGGUUCGGGUCUCCUACAACCCAGAUUUUGAGAAACUGAAACCUGAAUACUUGGAGCAGCUCCCAGGGCAGCUGAAGCUCUACUCCCAGUACCUGGGAAAGCGGACAUGGUUUGCAGGGGACAAGAUCACUUUUGUGGACUUCCUCGUGUAUGAUGUCCUAGAUCAGAACCGAAUGUUUGAACCAAAAUGCCUGGAUGAAUUCCCAAAUCUGAAGGAUUUCCUUGCCCGCUUUGAGGCUCUGGAGAAGAUCGCAGCCUACAUGCGCUCAGACAAAUUCUAUAAGCUGCCCAUUAAUAACAAGAUGGCCAAAUGGGCCAACAAAAAAGCUUAGCUGAACCAAGACCCAAGCAGGAGAGGGCUUUUGUACGUGCUCUUCUCUGCUCUGAAGAGACCUGGUUUGCUUGCCAGGCUUCCCCCCGGGUCAUACCUUUGCAGUUUCCGGGACACACUUGUGUCUCCCUCCAGCCUGCUCCCCACUGUUCUGGCGAUGGGUUAGGGGGAGGUGUGGUCACUGAAUCAGGGGAAGGGCCUGAGGGCAAGAAAAAUUGGUAGAUCCCAAUGGGGCUAGAAAAAAAGGACCUAACUCCCUCUCCCACUUCCCUCAUCCCUUCUUGCAAUCUUGUGAACUCUCUCUGGAAAUUAAAAAUAAACAUGAAUUUGUUUGAA